AUGCUUAUCAAUCCUUAUCUAGGACAAUUAAUUUUAUUAGUUACUUUCCUCAAUGUAGAUUCAUUAGAAUGCAACUCUUAUCCUAUUGAACCAAAUGAAUUUUAUUUUUCAAAUCAUUCUAAACAUUUCAUGGUUGAAAGUGACUCCGAUAAUCCUGAUAGUAUAAAUGUGUUUGAUUACCCUUUAACUCAAUAAUUAAAAAAGGUUUCAUAUGAUAAAAAUGCUGAAAUUAUUUAGACAAUCAUAAUAGAUUCAUGGAGUAAAGAAGUUAUAUUAGAAAAACAACUUUGCUAUCUUUUCAAAUAAGAAAGCUAUUAUAUAUCCUGUAUUGUUAUUGAAGGGCUCUUUUAAGUCGAACGAGAGAGCUAAACUCAAAAUGAUUCAUAAUUCUACUCUUUUACUGAGCGCUUUAAACUACCUGUAUUAACUUAAUUAGAUGAAAGUUGUGAUUUUUUAUUUCAAAACAGCUCUUUAGGAUUAUCAAUUUUUUGCACUUCAUUAAAUAGCCUUAAUAUAUACUUUAUAAAUUAGACAAGCUUGACAUUUACUAAGUAAGACUACAAGAUUUAAUUAGCUUAAGAGAACUGUAAAACAAAGUAUAUAUCUAUAUUUCAAAAUUAAUUUUUAUUGAUAUUUUACGACUGUUUGACCUGGGCCAUCUAUAUUUUAAAAAAUAAUCUCCUUAAUUUAAUUUUGAAUAGAGAAAUGGAAAUUCAAAAGGAUCCAUCAUUUAAUCUCAGUGUGCUUGAAAAUUUUUAAAUUUGUUAGGAUAAUUUAAUAUUAAUUGGAGAUCAUAAGUAUUAUCAUUAUUAGUAUGUAUCAGAUGAUAGACUAAAUUUAAACUUUGUUAUGGAAGUCCCUUUUUUAAAAUAGGUAGUAUUCGAUUCAGAAUGUCAAUUGAAAUAUUAUCUUGGAGGAUCCGAAUUAAUUAACAAAUUUUACAUUAGAAAUAAUUAGCUCAACUAUGAAUUAGAACGUAUUCCAAAAUAUAUUUAUUUCGUUUCAGAUUUAUUCUUUGUAAUAUAUGAAGAUGAACUUGAAGUAAUGUUAACUGAUAAAUUCAAAUAAAAAAUCUAGUUAAAACCAUUUCCAUUACAUUUUUAAAAAAUAAAUAAUAUCUUUUAUCACAUUGAUUCAGAAAGUAAGUUCUUUACAUUUUUUAAAUAUAAAAUAUUAAAUAAUCCCAUAAUAAGACCUAAAAAACAAUUUUUACUAAUAUAUCCUUAUAAUUUACAUUUUGUAGGAGACUCACCUGACUUUUGUAUUUAAUUUUAAGAAAAACCCCUAAAUUACAUAAAUAAUUACACUUUACCAAUAGAUUCUGAAUGUGAUAUCAGUUCCACAAUGUUAAUAGAAAAAACAUUUCCACAAAUACCAUAUAAUUAUAAAUUUUAAAUAGUUUAAGACCAGCUAAAUAUAAUCAACUUCAUCACAGAUUAAUAACAAUUCGAACAUUUUUGUCCCAUUCCAAAAAACUUGCUGAAAAAUUCUAGAUUUUUAUAUUUUCAUAACUUUGGUAGAACCUAUUCAAUAUUUUAAACAUCGAAAGUUUUGAAUAUAUUAUUUUGCGAUAACUAAUAAUAAAUACAAAUUAAUAUUAAAAAUUAGAAGGUACUAAACCAUGACGAUCAUUUUAUGUUGAUAAAUUUGUAGGGAAAUCAUUUUAGACUUUUAAAAAUUUAUCAUGAUGUGCAAAUGCAAAAGAAAUUUACAUUAGACGAAAUUAUUUAAGUAGUUCUCCAUUAUUCCAACUAUGUAUUACUAAUUACAACAGCACAGAGUCUAGUUUUAUUUGAUUUAAACGCAGAACGAUAUAUAUAAUUACCAUCAAUAUUGAAUGAUAUCUUGUUAACUAUUUACUUAUAAAAUAUCAAUAAUAAUGAUGAGGUUAAAAACUUUUUUAUGAAUAUCUACAGAAAUUCAUACUUUAUUCAAUACUAUGAACAUUUCAUUAUUUUUGAUAAUAAUUAGCUCAAUCAUUUCAAAAUAAAAUAAUUGUAAGUUUUAUAAAUUAGAAAAAUAAUUUCUUUAAAAGAUAGCUAUUAUAUGGUCGCUGUAGAUCUGACCUAAAAUGCUCUCCUCUAAUAUUAUUUUGACUUAAUAGAAUUAACUCUAUUGGAUGAAUAUUUUUUUUUUAAUUUCAAAUUGAUAAAACCAAUUGUUUACUAGGAAACCUAUGAAUUUAUUACAAUCAGUUCCAUUAUGAAUAACAACAUCUUUUUGCAUAUUUUUUAAAUUUUAAGAACUUAUCCAUUCAAAUUGAAAUAAACUAUUUAAACUAGUUCCAAUAACAAUUUUGUAUCCUUCAGGAAAUUAUACUACUUUGAUUAGAAUAAUGUAAUUUAGGUAUUAGACUUAAAAUAUCUAUUCCUCUAAUUUAAUGCUUUGCUUACCAAAUAGGAGAAUCUAAACUUCAAAUAAUCCGUAAUUUUUUAUAUCACUCCAGAAUCUAAUAAUGAUACUAUUAUUCAAAUAUCUCUGAACCUUUCUAUAUUUAUUCACUGCGCAAAAUUGAUUCCUCUUUUUCGCGAAGUCCCCAUCAUGUUGGAAGAAGAUAAUCAAAAAAUGCUAAAUCUGAGUGACCUUUAUGAAGGACCUAUUGAUAUGCUAAAAAUAUAAGACAAUUCAAAUGUACUUUUGGAAGGUCCAUUUUUAUAGUCUCUUUGGCAAGAUGAAAUAUAAAAUUUGACAUAUACUAUUAAGUAAUUUCAAAUUAAGAUGAUAUUAACUACGUUUUAAUAAUUCUCUAAUCAUAGGUUGAUCUUAAAAAUGUAAGUUUUUGAUGAAUUCGAUAAGUAUUAACAAGCAUCCGGCGUAAUUUAAUCGGCCUUUUAUGUAAACAAAAAUUAGAUCUUGUUAGUCUACAUUCAUGAAAGUAAAACAAAAGCUUCAAUCUAUCGAACAGAUNGAACCUAUUCAAUAUUUUAAACAUCGAAAGUUUUGAAUAUAUUAUUUUGCGAUAACUAAUAAUAAAUACAAAUUAAUAUUAAAAAUUAGAAGGUACUAAACCAUGACGAUCAUUUUAUGUUGAUAAAUUUGUAGGGAAAUCAUUUUAGACUUUUAAAAAUUUAUCAUGAUGUGCAAAUGCAAAAGAAAUUUACAUUAGACGAAAUUAUUUAAGUAGUUCUCCAUUAUUCCAACUAUGUAUUACUAAUUACAACAGCACAGAGUCUAGUUUUAUUUGAUUUAAACGCAGAACGAUAUAUAUAAUUACCAUCAAUAUUGAAUGAUAUCUUGUUAACUAUUUACUUAUAAAAUAUCAAUAAUAAUGAUGAGGUUAAAAACUUUUUUAUGAAUAUCUACAGAAAUUCAUACUUUAUUCAAUACUAUGAACAUUUCAUUAUUUUUGAUAAUAAUUAGCUCAAUCAUUUCAAAAUAAAAUAAUUGUAAGUUUUAUAAAUUAGAAAAAUAAUUUCUUUAAAAGAUAGCUAUUAUAUGGUCGCUGUAGAUCUGACCUAAAAUGCUCUCCUCUAAUAUUAUUUUGACUUAAUAGAAUUAACUCUAUUGGAUGAAUAUUUUUUUUUUAAUUUCAAAUUGAUAAAACCAAUUGUUUACUAGGAAACCUAUGAAUUUAUUACAAUCAGUUCCAUUAUGAAUAACAACAUCUUUUUGCAUAUUUUUUAAAUUUUAAGAACUUAUCCAUUCAAAUUGAAAUAAACUAUUUAAACUAGUUCCAAUAACAAUUUUGUAUCCUUCAGGAAAUUAUACUACUUUGAUUAGAAUAAUGUAAUUUAGGUAUUAGACUUAAAAUAUCUAUUCCUCUAAUUUAAUGCUUUGCUUACCAAAUAGGAGAAUCUAAACUUCAAAUAAUCCGUAAUUUUUUAUAUCACUCCAGAAUCUAAUAAUGAUACUAUUAUUCAAAUAUCUCUGAACCUUUCUAUAUUUAUUCACUGCGCAAAAUUGAUUCCUCUUUUUCGCGAAGUCCCCAUCAUGUUGGAAGAAGAUAAUCAAAAAAUGCUAAAUCUGAGUGACCUUUAUGAAGGACCUAUUGAUAUGCUAAAAAUAUAAGACAAUUCAAAUGUACUUUUGGAAGGUCCAUUUUUAUAGUCUCUUUGGCAAGAUGAAAUAUAAAAUUUGACAUAUACUAUUAAGUAAUUUCAAAUUAAGAUGAUAUUAACUACGUUUUAAUAAUUCUCUAAUCAUAGGUUGAUCUUAAAAAUGUAAGUUUUUGAUGAAUUCGAUAAGUAUUAACAAGCAUCCGGCGUAAUUUAAUCGGCCUUUUAUGUAAACAAAAAUUAGAUCUUGUUAGUCUACAUUCAUGAAAGUAAAACAAAAGCUUCAAUCUAUCGAACAGAUUAAGAAAAUUUAACAUUAAGAUAGGAUUCAAAUGAAAUUAGUAUUGAAUAACUCUUUGCGACAAAAGACCUUAUAAAAAUUGAAAAUCUAUUUUCAGAUGGUUCUAAGAUAUUAUUUUAUGUUCAUAAUAAUUCUAUUUUUGAAUUAAAAGAUAACAAUAAGUUAGAAAAUUUAAUCUUCAUUUAAAAUUCCAAUGAUUUGUAUUUAUCACUAACAAAAUCAAAUUAUCCUUUUCUCAGAAUUCAAACAUUUGGUAUAGAAUCAAUGGAAUUGAAAACUCUAAAUGAGUUUAGAAUUGAUUUUGAUAAAAUACAAGAAAAUUUUGCUCAACAUACCUCAAAGGAAAAUAAUAAUUUGUAUUCCUUUUUACAUAUAUAUCCCAUAAAGGCAACAGCCAGCAACUAAACUCUUAAUAUUUUAUGCCUUAUGAUACUUUCAAAUUUCUCUAUUCUUCAGGAAAUUAGGGUUGAUUUAGUUAGUGACCAUUUAAAUAUGACCUUUCUAAACAUAUUAAGAAACCCUUAAUAACAAGAUGAUUCUACAUUAAAUUACAUCAAUGAAAAUUUUAUAAUUUUAAAGUAACGGAAUAAUUGCUUUUUUUAUGACAUUAGAGUUUAAAAAUAAAUAUAUGAUUACACUUUUAACUUUAAGUGCUACCAGGAAUCAAUAUGGUAAUAUAAUACUACUCAUUAUAUUUUUUAUUCGUUUAUGUAUGAGAAUUUUACAUUUGGGUAAAUAGCUUAUAGAUUAAGCAUUUUGGAUGAUAAAAAAUAAGGUCAGACUUGCACUUUAAUGGCAGAAAACGCAAUAUCUAAAGCAGAAAUAACUUUAAAGAUUAAUAAGGCUUCAAAUAGAAAUUAAAUUUCGAUAGAAAAGUUCACUUAUUUUGCAUUAGUUUUUUUGAUUUUAACCGUUAUUGUUUUGGUUAUCUAUUCUAUUCGAAGAUGUUUAUUAAAAUAAUAAUUAACAUAACCCAGGAGAGUCCUCUUAGUUUUUGGUUAAUGA